AUGGCGGACUUGCCCAUGAGUGCGCGAGACCCGCAGAGUGCGGAUAGAUCGUCGGCAGCAAUGAAGAAGAGGACGCGAGGGCUCGAAACGCAGACUUUCGCCGGCUGCACUACUCUUCAAUAUACGGAGGAUCUGUUACUGAUCAUGGGCAGGCUAAGAUGCGAUCGCAUCUUUCCAUGUACCAAUUGCCAAAGGCGUGGCGAGGCUGAAAAAUGCGCUUAUGUUGGCCCUGGACCUCAGAGUAAAGCUCGGCAUGAGCGCUCAAGCCCAAAAGUCAUUCAAGACCGUCUGCAGCACCUCGAGAAUUUGGUCAUGUCGCUGGCACAGAAAAAUUCUGGCGAUUCAAGAGUCAAUGCGAUGGAUGCCGAUGAGAGCCUCUUGACUCCGGAUCAGUUCGAGACAAAUGACUCGCCUCCGGACUCGGGUACUCUGCUCGUUAAGAACGAAGAGAUUAGCUACAUCGAUAGCUCGGACUGGCGUGCAAUCUUGCAAGAGAUUCACGGCGUGAGGGAGCACUUUCUUGACCAUGAAGUCUCCGAUGAAGAGGAUUCAGAAGAAGCACUGGGCGCAGGGCCGUCACCUGCCUUGCUGCUGGGAAUGGCUCGGCCUAUGACCAAAGAGGAAGUGCUUGCGGACAUACCCUCUCGACCAGUGGCUGAUCGGUUGGUUUCCAAAUUUCUGAAAUCUGCAGAGCCAGCUCUCGUUGCUCUACACGUCCCAACCUUUCAGCGCGAGUAUGAAGAGUUUUGGCAUGAUCCAUACAGCAAGCCAUUUACGUGGAUCGCUCUCCUAUUCGACGUUCUUGCACUAUCAAUAUCCUGGAUCUACAGAGGUGAACAAGCACUGCCCUCAGAUUUAGUGAACUCUGCGGCUCGCUGGGACCUUUACCGGACUAGAGCAGCCCAGUGCUUGGUGAAAGCCAACUAUUUGGUCCCUGGGCGAUACAAGUGCGAGGCCCUACUCCUUUACACCAUAUGUGAGUUUUAUCGGAGUCGGGACGCACAAAUUGGGGUCUCAUACCUCUUGUCAAUGACGAUCCGACUUGCCAUGCGCAUGGGCUAUCACCGAGAUUCCAAGCACUUUCCGAAUCUCCCAGUCUGGGAGGGAGAAAUGCGUCGCCGAGUCUGGGCUUGUCUGUGUCAAAUAGACACCUUGGUAUCCUUUCAGAUGGGAUGCCCAAGGACCAUUCGACCCUGUCAAUUCGACACCGAGCUGCCAUCGAACUUGCAUGAUACCGAGUUUGAUCAAGCGACCACGCAGCUGCCGGAAUCACGAAGUGACGACGGCGAGUUCACAUGGUGUACGUAUGUUAGGGCCAAAGCACGACUCAUGGCGGCCUUUGGUGAGAUUGUCGAUCUGGCCUUUUCGCGAGACACAGCAUCCUACGACGACGAAAUUCUGGCCAUUGACCGUCGCCUGGAAAACGCACAUAAGGCCCUGCCAACUAUACUUUGUAUGCAUCCGAUCAACCAGAGUAUCACUGUUCCAACAGCCAUCAUCUUCCGCCGAUACUCGUUGGAAAUGCUGUAUCAACAGGCGCGCCAAGUACUUCAUCGCCGCUACAUGGGCCAGCUUCAAAGCAAGUUCGCCUACUCGAGAUCGGUCUGCCUCGCGGCCGCGAAGCAAACACUACGGUGUAAUGUUGAGAUUUGGACCGAGUCAAAACCAGGAGGCCUGCUGUGCUCGAAUGAAUACUUUGCCAAUGCUUUCCAGACCUCUGACUUUGUGCUCUCGGCCAUGAUCCUCUGUCUAGAGCUGUCUCAAAGCUCCUCCGAGGACAGCUCCAAAUGCCGUUUGGAGGAGCAGGAGCGCAUGGAGAUAUUGACACUCUUAGAAACUACCCAUCAAAUAUUCGAGGAGGGUCGACGAAAAUCGGUAGACACACACCGAGCAUUUGUCGCUUUGAGUAUUAUGCUCGGCAAGGUUCACCCUCAGCAGAAGGACCGCUGGAUGCAAAAUGUCCAAAGACCGACGCCUCCAUCUGAAGAUCAAAUGGUACGAGAAAUGGAAUUCGCUACAAUCAGCCCGGACGUGCAAUCAGCGACCAAUUUGGGAUCGACUGCAGUCUUACAGGCCAUGUUCUCCACGUAUUCAGAUGGAGUAGGAUCCACUUCCUCUCUCGAUGUUAUCGGUGACAUGCUUGGCACGCCGACUCAGCUUGACUGGGGACUAUACGAUACACAUGUAUCUGGAUACGCCACAGCUCGUCAAGACAGCUCAUGGUUCGAGGCGGGAGAGGAGUCUCUGCCCUUGACAAUGGAUCUCAUGGCCUAUCCUGAUAACAGCUAA